AUGGAGGGAUGUGCAUAUAAAGCACUGACUAGAGAUCCGGACAAGAGAAAUUCCCCAGUGAAAGAGAAGGAGCCACUAUACUUCUCCCGGGGAGAAACUGGGCAGCGCGGGGAACCCCCGGGGAGAAACUGGGCAGCGCGGGGAACCCCCGGGGAGAAACUGGGCAGCGGGGGGAGCCCCCGGGGAGAAACUGGGCAGCGGGGGGAGCCCCCGGGGAGAAACUGGGCAGCGCGGGGAAACCCCGGGGAGAAACUGGGCAGCGGGGGGAGCCCCCGGGGAGAAACUGGGCAGCGCGGGGAGCCCCCGGGAAGGAGCUGGGAAGCGCGGGGAGCCCCCGGGGAGGAGCUGGGCAGCGGGGGGAACCCCCGGGAAGGAGCUGGGCAGCGCGGGGAGCCCCCGGGAAGGAGCUGGGCAGCGGGGGGAACCCCCGGGGAGGAGCUGGGCAGCACGGGGAGCCCCCGGGGAGGAGCUGGGCAGCGCGGGGAGCCCCCGGGGAGGAGCUGGGCAGCGUGGGGAGCCCCCGGGAAGGAGCUGGGCAGCGCGGGGAGCCCCCGGGGAGGAGCUGGGCAGCGGGGGGAACCCCCGGGGAGGAGCUGGGCAGCGCGGGGAGCCCCCGGGGAGGAGCUGGGCAGCGGGGGGAGCCCCCGGGGAGGAGCUGGGCAGCGCGGGGAGCCCCCGGGAAGGAGCUGGGCAGCGCGGGGAGCCCCCGGGGAGGAGCUGGGCAGCGGGGGGAACCCCCGGGGAGGAGCUGGGCAGCGCGGGGAGCCCCCGGGGAGGAGCUGGGCAGCGCGGGGAGCCCCCGGGGAGGAGCUGGGCAGCAGGGGGGAGCCCCCGGGGAGGAGCUGGGCAGCGCGGGGAGCCCCCGGGGAGGAGCUGGGCAGCGCGGGGAGCCCCCGGGGAGGAGCUGGGCAGCAGGGGGGAGCCCCCGGGGAGGAGCUGGGCAGCGGGGGGAGCCCCCGGGGAGAAACUGGGCAGCGCGGGGAGACCCCGGGGAGAAACUGGGCAGCGCGGGGAGACCCCGGGGAGAAACUGGGCAGCGCGGGGAGCCCCCGGGGAGAAGCUGGGCAGCGGGGGGCGCCCCCGGGGAGAAGCUGGGCAGCGGGGGGAGCCCCCGGGAAGGAGCUGGGAAGCGCGGGGGACCCCCGGGAAGGAGCUGGGCAGCGGGGGGAGCCCCCGGGAAGGAGCUGGGCAGCGUGGGGAGCCCCCGGGAAGGAGCUGGGCAGCGGGGGGAGCCCCCGGGGAGGAGCUGGGCAGCGCGGGGAGCCCCCGGGGAGGAGCUGGGCAGCGGGGGGAGCCCCCGGGGAGGAGCUGGGCAGCGCGGGGAGCCCCGGGGAGGAGCUGGGCAGCGCGGGGAGCCCCGGGGAGGAGCUGGGCAGCGAGCUGGGCAGCGGGGGGAGCCCCCGGGAAGGAGCUGGGCAGCGUGGGGAGCCCCCGGGAAGGAGCUGGGCAGCGGGGGGAGCCCCCGGGGAGGAGCUGGGCAGCGCGGGGAGCCCCCGGGGAGGAGCUGGGCAGCGCGGGGAGCCCCCGGGGAGGAGCUGGGCAAGCGGGGGAGCCCCCGGGGAGGAGCUGGGCAGCGCGGGGAGCCCCCGGGGAGGAGCUGGGCAGCGCGGGGAGCCCCAGAGGAGGAGCUGGGCAGCGGGGGGAGCCCCCGGGGAGGAGCUGGGCAGCGCGGGGAGCCCCAGAGGAGGAGCUGGGCAGCGCGGGGAGCCCCCGGGGAGGAGCUGGGCAGCGCGGGGAGCCCCAGAGGAGGAGCUGGGCAGCGCGGGGAGCCCCCGGGGAGGCGCUGGGCAUUGCGGGGAGCCCCCGGGGAGGCGCUGGGCAGCGCGGGGAGCCCCCGGGGAGGAGCUGGGCAGCGCGGGGAGCCCCCGGGGAGGAGCUGGGCAGCGCGGGGAGCCCCCGGGGAGGAGCUGGGCAGCGCGGGGAGCCCCCGGGGAGGAGCUGGGCAGCGCGGGGAGCCCCAGAGGAGGAGCUGGGCAGCGCGGGGAGCCCCAGAGGAGGAGCUGGGCAGCGCGGGGACCCCCCGGGGAGGCGCUGGGCAGCGCGGGGAGCCCCCGGGGAGGCGCUGGGCAGCGCGGGGAACCCCCGGGGAGGCGCUGGGCAGCGCGGGGAGCCCCCGGGGAGGCGCUGGGCAGCGCGGGGAGACCCCGGGGAGGAGCUGGGGAGCCCCCGGGGAGGCGCUGGGCAGCGCAGGGAACCCCUGGGGAGGUGCUGGGCAUGGGCUGGGUGCUCAGAUGA